UCUAUGAGAGGACUAGACCGCCAAAUUUAGGAUUGUAAAGCUUGAGGGCGGUGGUUCAGUGGCUUACCGACGUUCGAAUCACAGUAGCGACUCCUCGAUAAACCUCGUAUCAGUCAAAUAGCUUGUUACACUAAAAAACCACAAUUUUGUGAGGUGAAGAGUCCAAUCAAAUCAGGCUAAUCAGCAUUGAAAACAGGCUAAUCAGCAUUUCGAGGGUUAUCAAUUUUGUGCUGCCUGUAGUCUGAGAAUCGUGAUCGUAAUGAGGCAUAAAACGAGGUGUGCUAAGUUGCGCACUGUCCAUCGCUCAUUCUUCGAUCGAUUGAUACUUCCGAGGGUUGAGCAAUAUGCCAUUAACCACGACCUCCACGACCUCGACGCCGCUGUCAAUUAUCUCAGAACAAAUUAUCGCGAGUACAGACGUCACAAAGAAGACUCCUUUCGCAAAAUAGUUUUCCGCGCCAUCCAAACCCUCCAACAUGACAAAAAUCAUCAAAAGAGAAAGCGCAACAGGCUCCAUGAAGAGGAAGAAGGAGAAGAGGAGGAUGAGGAGGAGGAGGAGGAAGAAGCAUCAUCAUCUGGAGAAAGCGACAGCAGCGGGUCACAAUUCGAAUUGAAUCCGACAUCUUUCCCAGGCCUCAUGAACUCUGUUUUGAGAACAAACUACGGCGCCAAUGUUAAUGCUUCCUCUCCAAAAUCCUCAGAGUCUACUAAGAUCACGCAGGAGAACACUAAGAUGGAUAUCAACACUGAACUGUGUAGCGAAAAUGGUAAUGAAUUGAAUGGAAUAGUUAGCGAUUCCAAGGAGAAGCAAGAAUCUCAAGGGGGGUUUGAAGUGAAGCUCAAAAAGGAAGACAGGGGGUUUGAUAGUCGGGUUAUGUUUAAAGAUUUAGGUGGGUUGAGUGGAGUAAUCAAUGAAAUAAUGGAGAUUAUUUACCCUCUGUUUCAUCCGGAGAUUUAUCCUUGGCUGGGAGUUCAGCCAAUGAAGGGCAUUUUGUUACACGGACCGCCUGGAUGUGGGAAAACCAAAUUGGCGCAUGCCAUAGCCAACGAGGCAGGCGUUCCCUUCUACAAGAUUUCGGCUACUGAAGUGGUUUCUGGAGUAUCAGGUGAAUCAGAAGAGAAUAUUCGUAAUUUGUUUUCAAAAGCAUUAAAGUGCCAAAAGAGAAACUUUGCAGAGGGAAAUGGAGCGUCGUAUUGUGAUACAACUUUUGACCUGCAUGGAUGAAUCGCAUGAGACCAUUAUAUCUGGUGGCCAAGAAUCUGAUGCAGAAAUGCCUAAAAAGAAGUCGGGGCAUGUUUUAGUUAUUGGGGCUACAAAUAGACCUGAUUCUCUAGAUCCUGCACUCCGGAGGCCUGGUCGCUUUGAUCGUGAGAUUGUUCUAGGUGUUCCAGAUGAAAAUUCAAGAGUUGAGAUCUUGUCAGUAAUUACAAGAGGGUUAAGACUAGAUGGUUUGUUUGAUUUCAAGAAAAUUGCAAAAUGCACACCUGGUUUUGUAGGUGCAGACUUGACAGCACUAACCAGGGAAGCGGCCUCAGUUGCAAUAAAGAGAAUGAUAGCAAGCAGGAAUCCGCAAAAUCUUUUAAAAUGUGAGGAUAUAGAGGCUACUGAAAAUGCAUGGUGGAAAAAGGCAUGGACACAAGAAGAAAUGAAUAAUCUUAGUAUUACAAUGGCAGAUUUCGAGGAAGCUGCAACAAAGGUGCAACCAUCAACUCGAAGGGAGGGAUUUUCUGCCAUUCCAAAUGUUAAAUGGGAUGAUGUAGGGGCUCUUGGUUCUCUGCGCAAGGAUUUUGAACUGCAUGUUGUUAGGCGGAUCAAGCACCCAGAGGAAUAUGAGGCUCUUGGAAUGGAUUUGGAUAAUGGAUUUUUGCUUUAUGGACCACCGGGUUGUGGUAAAACUUUGGUUGCAAAGGCUGUAGCCAAUGAAGCCGGGGCUAACUUUAUACACAUUAAGGGUCCAGAACUUUUAAACAAAUAUGUUGGAGAAAGUGAACUUGCAAUCCGGACAAUUUUUACUCGUGCACGCACUUGCUCCCCUUGCAUACUUUUCUUUGAUGAGAUUGAUGCUUUGACUACCAAACGGGGUAAAGAUGGUGGCUGGGUUGUAGAGCGUCUGUUGAAUCAGCUUCUCAUAGAGAUGGAUGGAUCAGAAAAGCGCAAGGGUGUUUUUGUAAUUGGAGCAACAAAUCGUCCAGAAGUAAUGGAUCCAGCAGUUUUACGGCCAGGACGAUUUGGCAAACUCCUUUAUGUUCCGAUACCAGAUGCAGAGGGAAGAGUUUCAAUAUUAAAGACCCUUACUCGAAAGCGACCUCUUUCUGCAGAGGUUGACCUUAAUUACAUUGGCCACAGUCAGUCUUGUGAGAACUUCAGUGGUGCUGAUCUUGCUGCUCUUGUUAAUGAAGCUUGCAUGUGUGCAUUGCAAGAGAGAAUUACAACAGCAGUGGAGGCUGAUUCAGAUGUUAGGAAGUAUGCUUUGGUGGUUAAUCUAUCACACUUUGAGCAAGCUUUCAAGAGAGUUGUGCCUUCUGUGUCUAAAGCGCAACGGCAUUAUUAUGAACAAGUAUAUCAAAAAUUUAUGGGGCUGACUGGAAAUCACUAAGAAAAUAUCCUACAAGCUUUUAAAAACAUGCCAAUUAAAUAUUUUGAAGGAUUUAUUUGUGUCAGUGGCUGAUAGUGGCUUCUUUCCAUGAGAGCAAUUAAAGAUAUACCUUUUUGUUUGAACAGAUCCUGUUUGAGGUUAUGGAGCAUGAGGGUCAGCUGUUUCAGAUUCUUUUCAAGGGGCUGCACAUAUUCCACAGAAAUGAAAGCAUUUUUUGAAGAUUGUAUUCCUGAAUUUAUAUAUUUGUAUCACAUUGGUAAGUGACAGUUGGAGGUGAUCUAUAUGUUCCUUUUUUUUAUGCCUCAGAAUAUAGCGUUGACAUCAAAAUUCGGUUGCACAAGUCAGCAAUUAAUUUCUUGUAAAUAAUACGAGGUAGAGAGACAGACAGAGGGAACCUUGUGCUGAGGAUCCUGCAAAAUUUUGUACUGUGUUUAUUUCAUUGGCUUAUUUUGAAUGGCACGCCAUUGCAAUUUUA